AUGGGGAAGGAUGCACAAAGAAGCAGUAAUUUCUCCGGUUAUGCCUUGUUUACGGAGGAAUUCUACAAGAAAAGCUCAAAGAAGUACAAAUCACUUGAAGCAGGAAAUGCACAAGUGAGAAAGGCAUGGGAUAAAUUAUCAGAACAACAAAGAGAGGAAUAUUGUGAAAGGGCUAAGGCACAAAGACCUCCCACCAAGUCCAAGAAGUAUAUUGUUCCUUUCUAUACAAGAUGUGCACCAAAACAAUUCAUGCAAGUUUGCAAGCACAUCAAAGAAAGGAAGGAACUGAUGAAUAGGCUGAAAAAAAUAGGGUUUGACAAGUUGGUUGAAGUGUGUUGUCACACAAUUCAAAGAGAAUUGUGUGGAGAGUUUAUGUCUGCAGUUGAUGUUGCAUCAAAAAACAUUUCCAUAAGAGGGAAGACAAGGAAAAUGAGGGCAAAAGAUGUGCAUGAAUUUCUGGGGCUACCAUUUGACGGAGAAGAGAUUAAAGUAGUUGUGAAUAAUGAAGAUGAAGUGUUCAAGCAGUGGAGGAUUGUGUAUGGCAAUAUUCCAUACAAGAAGAUAGCAUCAUUGUUGACUGAGGAGAACCAAGAUGAAAAUUUUGAGGUGCUGUUUGUCAUGUAUGCAUUGGGAACAUUGUUAUGUCCUAAUGCAAGUAUUUGUGUGGGUGAUUAUUUGUUGAAGGUAAUACUAUCAACAAAGGAUAGAUUGGAUAAGUUUGAUUGGUCCUCUUAUGUGUUGCAUGAACUAUAUAAGGGGAUUGGAGUGUACAAGAAACAAUUGGAAAAAGGCAAGUUGACUGAGAAGAAGAAGAAUGUGCCAGGUUGUCUAUACUUCCUAAUGUUAUAUUGUCUACAAAAUUUUCCAUUGGGAGAAACAAAAGCUGCACAUGUAAAGGAUGCUGUUGCAUAUUGGGAUGAAAAGAAAGUGCAGCAAAGAGUUAAGGAGGAGAAGGAAAGCAAUCGAGGACUCUUGCAUCCGGCAAAGCAAUCCACCAAAUUUGAUCCUGAAAAUUUAACUCACCCGGAGAUCAAAAAGACAUAUACUCGAUUAGUGUCUAUGCUGGGGGAGGAAAUGAUGGCCCUUCAGUCAAGACUAAUGGAGGGUAGUGGCAAUGUAAGUGAAGAGGACAAAGAUGAGGCAGAAGAAUCUGAAGCAGAAGAGGAAAAAGUUGAGAAAGGAAGUGAUUCAGAGGAUGAGGAAGAAGAUGACAGAAAUGAAGAAGAAGAAUCUGAAUCACAAGAUGAUAGAAAUGAAGAAGAAGACAAGGCUGGGAAAAAGAGAACAAUUGAUGACAGGCAAGCUUUAUUUGACAUGUGCACAGCAAGGUGUAACCAUGAGGAGCAAGAGCAAUACUUUGUAUCGAUGUAUGGAUACUUCCUAACCCGUGGUGAGUUGCAAUGUCUCCAACGUAGAAGAUGGAUAAACGACAGGUUUAUGACUAUGGUGGCGAAGACAUUCGUUGGAGAUCAAAAGGAAAAAGAUGGGCGAGUCAACCGUCAUAUAUUUUCUGCAGAUUUCAUGCAGAAAAUGGUGGCGAAUCCUUUAAGGUGGAAAUGGGAGGACCAUGAAAAAGAAAUAUUACCUGAAUAUAUUGGAUACAAUAUCGGGGAUUGCGAUUUCAUUUUUGGUCCUACUCUAUUUGAAGAUCAUUGGUUUUGUUAUGUUUUUGAGACAAAGACCAUGACCUUCCACGCCCUUGACUCGUUGGUUGAUAGCAUCACAUUCAUGAGAUUACAAGCCGAGGAAGAAGAAGCAAAGAAGAAGGGGGGUGAGCAACAACAUGACGCAAAGAAGAAGAAAAAGAGGACAAGUAAAAGGCAGUUCGACCCCAAACAGUUCAUGGCAACACAAACUUUGUCACUGGAUGCUAUACUAGUUGUCACCGGAUGA